CGUCCAGGCAAACAGACACCACUGUGGGUUGAGAGUCACUCGCACAUAUUGGAAGACUUCAUCUUGGUCAUCCAAUGGAUACAACCACUAAGUGCGUAGGCAUGGAAGGGUUUCUGAAAGCUGUGUGGUCCAUCUCAGUAGUUCUGUACCCUUUCAUCGCCAUAACCAGCCAAACAGACAACGUAGCCCUCUUCAAAAAAGCGAGGCAGUCAAAGGAUUAUGGGGUGUACUACGCUUCACUCGGCAUUGACGGGAGGCGGGAUGGGGACCUCGGACAGACGUCUUGCACCCACACUCAGGAGGAGACCAACCCCUGGUGGCGAGUGGACCUGCUCGUCCCGAUAGCGGUAGCCGCAGUACGCAUCACCAACCGACAAGACUGCUGUCAAGAGAGGCUGGACGGCGCCGAGAUCCGCAUCGGUAACAACCCCGCAAAUAACGGCAACAGUAACCCGAGAUGUGCGCUCAUCUCCUACAUUGCUGCUGAACAGACGUUCCAGUGUGGGGGGAUGGAGGGCCGCUACGUCAACGUCAUCAUCCCUGGGGAGUUGAGAUAUCUUAGCUUGUGUGAGGUAGAGGUCCUGACUGCCACCCCAGACUACACAAUCCUCAGAGGAUUACAGGCAGUGCAGUCUUCGCUUUUCUUUGAGGGGGACCCAGGGGCAGGAAGUGCCGUCGAUGGUGUUCGCACCACCGUUUAUCCAUCUUCCUGCACUUCGACCUCACAUGAGACAGACCCCUGGUGGAGGGUCGACCUAGGGGGCCUGUACAGGGUCACCGCCGUAACCAUCACCAACAGGGGGGACUGCUGCCCCGAGAGGCUGGACGGAGCGGAGGUACUCGUGGGCUACUCCCUGGAGGACAACGGCAAGAACAACCCCAGGUGUGCGACUGUUGCCAGGAUCGCCGCGGGGGAGUCCGACCACUUUCUGUGCGUUGGCAUGAUGGGGCGCUAUGUCACCGUGGUGAUACCAGGACCAAACAGAAUUCUCACACUGUGUGAGGUUGAUGUGUUUGGAUUUCCUGCAGUCAACGUGGCACCGUCUGGAACGGCCAGUCAGUCUUCGUCUGAUGCCGGUUCCAGCAGUCCCCAAGUCGCCAUCGACAAGAAACCUGUCUCCUGCAUCCAGACUAGUGUUGAGACUGCCCCCUGGUGGAGGGUGGACCUAGGUGCAGGCUACAGAAUCACCGCUGUCGGUGUCACCAACAGAGACACGAAUCCUGAGUGGUUAGACAACGCCGAGAUUUGCAUCAGUGACACCCUGGACGCCCUGUGCCAGACAAGGUGUGCUGUCAUCUCCCACAUUGCAGCAGGACAGACGCAGACCUUUGCCUGUGAUGGGAUGGAUGGUCGCUACGUCACAGUGUCCAGCCCUGGGGACGGCCGUACUCUUCAGAUCUGCGAGGUGGAGAUCUACGGAGUGACUUUAGACACGUUCCCUAGCACUGCCGUCCCUCCCCCCACCACCACCCCUCCCCCCCCCACCACCACCCCGCCGCCCCCUCCCACCCCCGCCCCCUCUGCGAGCGUGCAGCUGGGGGGCAGGACGGUGACGCUGGUGGGAGAGAGGCUGUGCUGGUCGGACGCCCUGUUCUACUGCCGGGACCGCGACCUGGAUCUCCUCAGCCUGGCCAGCGAGGAGGAGCAGAGGGGUCUGGAGGCACUGCUGGGGGGCGUCACCUUCCCCCUCACCCCACACCUGUGGCUGGGCCUGCGCAGGAGCCUCCAGGGAAGCGACUGGUUCUGGAUGAGCGGACACCAGAUGACCUACAGCGGCUGGCUAAGAGGCUCCGCCCCCACCGGGCAGGUCUCCAGACCCUGCGGAGCCGUUGCCAAUGGGAUGGACUUCCUGUGGGAGGACCGCCCCUGCAAGGAGCCCCUCAACUUUCUGUGUUUCUCAGGCUCUAACGAUGCAGGAGUCACCAGAGUCGGCUUCUACAGCAGCUACAGAAACUGACCACAGAGAGGCGCUGUGCUGCGACGCAGCCGGAGAGAGACCUCCUGAGGUCAGGACGGUGUGGUUUCACAGAGCUGGUACUCAUAACAGGAGCAGCGAGAGCAGACCUGCAGGGUUUCCUGUUUUAGAGCACAUUGUAAGACUUGUUGGUUUUAUCUCUAUCUCUCCUACUUUGGGUCAGUGAAUGACUUUAGGACAGUGGACCAAACAUAGUGUGUAAAGAACAGAACCGUGUGGUUGCUUAGAAUGUAUGUAAUCCUGA